AAGAGGUGGACGCGCAUCCGAAGUCAGCCAUGGCACCUUUUGGAUUAAAAGCCGUUGUUGGAGAAAAGAUAAUGAAUGGUGUCAUCAAGAAGGCGAGAGAAAAAGGAAAAUGGAAAGUGCUUGUGGUGGACAAGCUGAGUAUGAGGAUGAUUUCCUCCUGCUGCAAGAUGACAGACAUCAUGUCAGAGGGAAUCACCAUUGUAGAGGACAUAUCCAAGGGACGGGAGCCUCUGCCCAGCAUGGAGGCCAUCUAUCUCAUAACACCCUCCGACGAGUCCGUUGAGGGUCUGAUUGAUGACUUCAGAGAUCCACGGUCUCCGAGGUAUAGGGCAGCCCAUGUCUUCUUCACCGACACAAUUCCAGACUCCAUGUUUGGUCUCUUGACCAACUCUCGCGCCUCCAAAGCCAUGAAGGCCUUGACUGAAAUCCAUGUAGCCUUUCUGCCCUAUGAAUCUCAGGUCUUCUCGCUGGAUAAAGUAGACGCCUUUCAGGACUUCUACAGCCCCUUCAAAGCUGAUGUGAAGAACAACAUGCUGGAAGGUUGCGCUGAACAAAUUGCAACCCUCUGUGCCACUCUCAAAGAAUACCCUGGAAUUCGAUACAGAGGAGAGUACAAAGACUGCGCUGUUCUGGCCCAAAUGCUACAGGACAAGUUGGAUGGCUACAAGGCUGAUGACCCCAGCAUGGGGGAGGGACCAGAUAAGUGCCGGAGUCAACUAAUCAUCCUGGACCGAGGAUUUGAUCCUGUGUCACCUCUUCUACAUGAGCUCACUCUUCAGGCAAUGGCCUACGACCUGUUAGGCAUUGAGAAUGAUGUCUACAGGUUUGAGACCAGUGGAAUGGGGGACACUCGGACAAAAGAUGUGUUGCUGGAUGAGGAUGAUGACUUGUGGUUGACUCUGAGACAUAAACACAUUGCUGAAGUUUCAACGGCUGUGACUCGCUCUCUGAAAGAAUUUUCUGCCAGCAAAAAAAUGAACACAGGGGAAAAGACCACAAUGAAGGAACUGUCCCAGAUGCUGAAGAAAAUGCCUCAGUAUCAAAAGGAACUAAGCAAAUAUUCAACCCACCUUCACCUGGCUGAAGAUUGUAUGAACCGCUACCAGGGCACUGUUGACAAACUCUGCCGUGUGGAGCAGGAUCUUGCAAUGGGUACCGAUGCAGAGGGCGAGAAAAUAAAAGAUCCCAUGAGGCUUAUUGUACCAAUCUUACUGGAUACCAAUGUCAGCGUCUCUGACAAGAUUCGCAUCAUUCUGCUUUACAUCUUCCUCAAGAAUGGUGUGACCGAGGAAAACUUAUGUAAGUUGCUCCAGCAUGCCAACAUCCCACCGGAAGACAGUGACAUCAUUUCCAACAUGGCACACAUGGGUGUGCCGAUCAUCUCUGAGGCCACUGCCAAGAAAACCAAAAAGCCUGACCGGAAGGAGCGAAUUAGUGAGCAUACCUACCAACUCUCAAGAUGGACUCCUCUCGUCAAGGAUCUCAUCGAGGAUGCCAUUGAGGAUAAACUUGACGUGAAGCAAUACCCAUACAUUUCCCAGAGACAAGCAUCAGCCAAAGCCAGCGCUCCGUCAAGCAGUGCCCGCUAUGGUAACUGGCACAAAAACAGGGGCCCCACAGAGGUGAAGACAGGUCCGAGGGUCAUUGUCUUCAUUAUUGGAGGCAUGACCUACAGUGAGAUGCGCUGUGUGUAUGAGGUCACCCAAGCCAAUGGCAAAUGGGAGGCACUCAUUGGUGCCACCCACAUCCUGACGCCUCCCAAAUACCUGAAAGAACUGCAGCACCCAGAUUUCCUGGACCCCAAUGCACCACCUGAGGCCACAGAGGAGCAGUCAGCACAGUGAUAUACGGGGGGUGAAACCCCUCUCGUUGGUGGAUUGUUUUAUUGACAUUUCUACAUGCAGCACACAUCUAGUAUUUAUAGAAAAUCAACAACGGUUAUUCUUCUUCUUCUCUGGGCAUACAGUAGUCUGGUACUGUAGAUUCAAAUGUGAGAUCAUCUUUCAAACAGCUAAGGGUUGAUCAGAAUCAUCUCUAUUGGCCAAAUAUGUAGAACACACAAGGAAUUUGUCUCCGGUAGUUUAGGUUGCAGCACUAGUAUUGCAAAAACAAGCAACUACCAAAAACAAGGACAUAACAUAAGAAAGACUUUCCGUCAGGUAAGGGUACCAUUGUGCAGUAGUACCACCCAAUGACAGCUGUGCGACAAUGUGCAUAGUCAUCGAGCAGAGAUAAAGUGAUCAGUGGAAAAAUACAAUACUCUGAUAGUUGUGCAUUUUGAAGUGACCAGUACCACUAAUUGUCGGACCACUUUAGGUGUGCAAUUAUACAGAAAUUCCUUGAGCGCUUUAGAGUGUCUGGUGCUGUGGAAUAUUGAUCAACGACAAUUGUUCAAGUAUGUAGAGAACUGGAUGUACAAUGAUCAGUGCGGUAAUACUGUUGCAGAGGGGUGUGCAAAAAUGCAAAGAGGCAUUACAGAUUUGAAUUACUGUU